AUGGGAGUUUCAAACUUAGAAUCUAAUUUGAUCAAUAUCUUAGCCAUGAUUUCUAAGAUGAUGCAAGUUUUUGUCAAAACCCUAACUGGCAAGUCCAUCACUCUCGAGGUCGAGAGUUCUGAUACGAUUGAUAAUGUUAAGACCAAAAUUCAAGAUAAAGAGGGGAUUCCCCCAGAUCAGCAGCGUCUGAUCUUCGCUGGAAAACAGCAUCCAGAAGGAGUCUACCCUCCACUUGGUGCUUCAAUUACCUUGGAGGUUGAAAGCUCUGACACUGUCGACAAUGUUAAGACCAAGAUUCCUUGGUUAUGUGGGAUUGUUACUGUUUGGAAGGCUGCUGGCUUAAGAUUUUCUUUGCUUUGCUUUUAGUAGGUUAUAUGAACAAUUUUUAGUUUAUGUUUCCUUAUUGUAGUAAUCUACUCUGACAGUUCUUUCUCAUCUACACUCGUGUCUUUGUAUCAAUUGUAUGAUUCUCAUUUAAAUUCUGUUUAGUGA